AUGUUUAUUCUUCAUAUAAUACAAUUAUAUAUUCAUUUUUAUAAACAGGGAUUUACAAAACGUGUUAUCCUUGAUUUUACUGGUUAUAUUAUAAUUGCUAUUUUUGUUAUGAGUUUCAAAAAUAAAAUUUUAUUAAUUAUUGUUUUUGGAACUGUUGGAACUCUUGAUACAUUAACUGAAUCUCCAAUAUAUGGCAUUGCUGGAUUUUUAAAUGUUAGUGUAAAUACAAUAAUUCGUUUAAUUAUUUUAUUGUUUCAUAGUAAAAUUGAUGUAGAUCAAUUAUCAUUUUAUAUAUUUAUGAGUGUAUUAAUAAUUUUAUCUGGUUUGGCUAUUUAUGUUUAUUAUCGUUUAAUAUAUAUUCCUUCAGUUAAUAUAAGAAUGAAUCAACAAAUGGCUUCAUUUAAACAAGAAAAUCCUGGUAAUAGUGUUGAAUUAUAUCUUGUUGAAAAUGAACUUUCAUUUUGGGAAUUAUCAAAAAUCUUAAAAAUUCAUUUGUUCAAUUCUAUGUUUUAUUUAUAA